UCCAAUGUGGGAUGGAAUUUAAACGAACUUAGCUUUCUUUCUUCAGCUUAUUCCCAACAGCAAAGUUCAGUUGUAAUUGAGGAUAUCACAAGUGCUUCGGCUACCGUGACCUCGGGUGGGAAAUGUUCAGAGGAAGAGAGUUUGCUUGGUCUUAGUGCUUCGUUGGCUCAAAUUGUGGAAUUGGGUAUGGAAGAGGUGGGUAGCUCCCCUGAUUUGCUUAGAGAAAAAACAAUGAAGGAUGUACUUGCAAGAAGAAAGGCGCCUCCUUUAUCUCCGCAAGAGAGAGCCUUACGUCAACUUGGAGUUGAGGGGGAUGUUGAUUCUAUCCUAAUGGUUGGUCGUCCUAAGCGCAAUGGGUCUGUUUGGGAGAUCCCCCUUACAAUUUCACUAAGAGGCGGGGCUGAAGCUGAACGAGUUCGUUUGAUGCAUUUGUUGUCUUCACUCCCACAUAGUUGGACUUGUGCCGGUCCAGCUCAUUUGGUUUGGCCCUUGGAGAGAUCAUCGAUUUUCUCUGCCAGCACCUCAUUAAUGAUUCGUUUGAAGGUGACAACUCCUUCCCCUACAAGCUCAUAUGGAUUUCUUCCAUCCCUUCGAAGAUUUGCUGCUUUCUUUGGAUGACCUCAUUAUCAAAAAUUGCCACCAUUGACAACUUGAGAAGAAGAGGAAUGAUCAUUACUAAUUGGUGUUCCUUGUGUAAAAGCAACGAAGAGUCGAUUUCACAUCUUAUGUUUACAUGCCCAUUCUCGAGGAUAAUUUGGGAAUUCUUCACGAGAGCUUUAGAGCUGCAUGGUCCUUUCCCCGCUCAGGUUCGGUCUUUUCUCCAUGCUUGGAGAGGAUUGAGGUAUGAUCCGAAGUUCACAGAUUGCCUUAAAGUCUUGCCACAUGCAGUGUGUUGGUCACUCUGGAGCGAAAAUAACAAUAGGAUUUUUAGAGAUAUUGAAAUUUCCCCUAUAAACUUGUGUCACAAGAUCAUCCAAGUGGUUGGUAGGUGGCUUCGAGCAUUUAAAAUUCUUUCAGACGCCCACUUACAACAAUGGGUAAGGAUUGGGGAUGGUUAAUGAUUGUUCCUUGGUUUUGUUUUGUUUUUUGGUUUUGCCUCAAUGUGUAGGUGCUUUUUGGGGCAUUGAGGUUCAAGGGAAUUCUCUUUGCUUUUGUUUCUUUUCUGUUAGUGU